ACACACCUUGCACACCCACGCUUCCAGCGAACCACCCCAUCCCACCCCGUCUUCGUCCUUGUUCGUCCUUCGAGGGGAGAGUAGAUAUGAUAAGCUCGUUUUUGUUUCGAUGUCACAAUGAGUUUUGAGUUUGGUAACCUGUACUUGAGAGCUUUUCGAGGAGCACAAAACGCCGAGAAAGUAAAAUAUAUAUUUUUAAAUAAAUUUAAACUAAUUAAAUGUAUAUUGUAGUUGAAAAUGAAAUAAUAUCCAGAGUUUUUAAAGCUGGCCUAAGAAUGUAUCUUGAAAUAGUAAGGUUGUCUUAAAAUGCGAAUUCAAUUGGGAACAAGGUUUUAUUUUGCUCGUUUAAUUUCGUUGUUUGUGGUUUGUCGUCCUUGUUUAUACAUUAACUUCCUUUGCCACAUUUCUUGUGAAUUAUACGCACCGGCCACAUUGUUGCCUUGUCUGUUUGACCACCCCACAGCCCGCAGCCCAUACCCUUUGUUUAGGCCGCCACCUUUCACCUGUCAACCGAGUUUGUGCCGCACCGUUCUGCAUGUUCUGUCUGCUGGCCUGACCUUUGCGUCUUUAUCGUAUUGACUUGUUAAAACGCAUUUAAGGAGGAAGUAAGCAAGGCAUUUACCAGCAACAACAAGCCCGUCUCAAGGGCCACCAGUAGCGACAGCACCAACCGCCCACCGGGAUAGGAGGAGAAGGCGGAGGAGGAGUUUCAAGAAGCCCUUGCAGACGGUGGCCUUGCGCACCCUCUCCAUGAGUCCACCUCUUCCUCCAGCUCCCAACCCCAAGUGUCUGUGCCGGUUUGUGAGAGUGUAUGUAUCUGUGUGUCUGCCCCGUUUCAUUCAUGUGCAAUGCCGCUUUCAGAGCUGCAGUUGCAACUGCAAGUCGCAGUCAACGUUCUUUCAUUUCAUUCAUUAAUGGCCGCAUUUUUUGCCAGCAGUCUGCCGCUUUUCAUACUUGUUACCCUACCAAGAGUUCUAUUGGUUCACAUAGUGAUUGGACAUUAAACUGAAGACUUUAACUAAGCUAAGCUUUAAAUUCAAUAUAAGAUUAAAUUUACUCAAAAAUUUUCACACUUAUUCAAGUCCGAUUUCUGAUAGUCAAUGGAACGAGAUGGAACUGAUAGUAAAUUAUAAAACCCCUGCUGAAUUCUUGUUAAACUAACUUCCAAUAGGGUAUUCAGUUGUCCAAGAGGUCAAUUUAUCAUAUAGUUUCUCGCAGUUGUUCGCCCAUUUUCAUAGCACUUUUGUGUUUGUUCAAUGGGAGGUUGGUAUGUGUGUAUGGAUUAGUUCGUCUGCGGAACAUUUCGGUUGGGAUUCGGGUAUGGAUUUGGCUUGUUUCCUUUUUUGUAAGCAGCCGCAAAGUUAGUUUUUUGUUUAAUACGUUUUCGUCAUUAUUAAGUAGUUUGUAAGCUCGUUGCCGAAUUGAAUGCAAAGGUUUUUAAAUAACUCGAAAUAUUCACACGCAGAUUAUGUGCCACACCGACUGACCAGCUGGGAGUUUGUGGCUAUCAUCCUAGGGGCCACCCUCUUCAUUUGCUUCACGGGCACCAGUACGUGGUAUUAUUGCCAGCGUCGCAAGCGAAUGGCCAGCGGAAGGCCGUUUGCCAAGGAGGAUUCAGCAUACGAUCCUAUAUUGAAUGGUAAUACAACCAUACACGACAUCAUUGAGAUGACCACCUCCGGUUCGGGUUCGGCUGGUCUUCCGCUGCUGGUGCAGCGUUCCAUUGCCCGGCAGGUGCAGCUGUGCCACGUUAUCGGUAAGGGACGUUUCGGCGAGGUCUGGCGUGGACGCUGGCGAGGCGAAAACGUGGCGGUCAAGAUCUUCUCUAGUCGCGAGGAGUGCUCCUGGUUCCGUGAGGCGGAAAUCUAUCAGACGGUAAUGCUGCGGCACGAGAACAUUUUGGGAUUCAUAGCUGCGGAUAACAAGGACAAUGGAACUUGGACACAGUUGUGGCUCGUAACCGACUACCAUGAGAACGGAUCGCUCUUUGACUACCUAACCACGCACCCGGUGGACACCAACACCAUGCUGAACAUGUCGCUGAGUAUUGCCACUGGACUGGCGCAUCUGCAUAUGGACAUUGUGGGCACUCGCGGCAAGCCCGCCAUCGCCCAUCGUGAUCUCAAAUCCAAAAACAUACUGGUCAAAUCAAAUCUAAGCUGUGCUAUUGGAGAUUUGGGUCUGGCCGUGCGUCAUGUGGAGAAGAAUGACUCUGUGGACAUACCUUCCACUCAUCGCGUGGGUACCAAGCGCUAUAUGGCGCCCGAGGUGCUGGACGAGAGUAUGAAUGAUCAGCACUUUGACUCGUACAAGCGGGCGGAUGUGUACGCCUUUGGACUGAUCCUCUGGGAGAUUGCACGUCGCUGCAACAUGGGCAUGAUAUACGAUGAGUAUCAAUUGCCAUAUUACGAUGUCGUGCAGCCAGAUCCCAGCAUUGAGGAGAUGAAAAAAGUGGUUUGCAUCGAGAAGUGCCGACCAAACAUUCCAAACCGCUGGCAUGCCUCCGAUGUGCUCCACAACAUGGCCAAGGUGAUGAAGGAGUGCUGGUAUCCCAAUCCUGUGGCCCGAUUGACAGCGCUUCGCAUCAAAAAGACACUUGCUAGCAUCAGCGUGGAGGACAAGGUCAAGAACUGAUUGUGGCUUCAGUUUGACGAGUAGCCCUCGUGUCGCGCCCCGUGGGAUCGGGGGCAGACAAAUAUUAGUAACCUGUAACCUGGCCCCGCGUUACCUUAAAUGUCCUGGCAGCGCUUGCGAAGCAGUUCCAGAAACCAGAAACCCGUUAAGAAAUUAAAUACAAAGAAGUUGUAAAUAUUAUGUGCUAACUCAUCCUUAAAGUUUCCAAUGCUUUGCUUUGUUUCCGUUCAGAACGAGCUCGUUAUAAGUUUUGUGUUACACCAUCCUCAACUAUUGUACAUAACCUUCGUUGACAUUUUCGCUGAGAUUUGCUUGUUUCCGGGCGGAGUGAUCAAGGCGGCGCGCCAAAAAAAAUAAACUGCCGCACUGCCAUUAGAACUACCAAUUAGGGCCUAGUUAUAUACCAACAAAAUAACACAUUAUAUACAAUAUAUAUAUUUUUUAUAAAUCCUGUUCGCGAGCUAGAACGAACGCCAGCAAACGAAACGAUAAAUACAUAACGAAAACAAAACAGUAAGACUUUGUCAAGACUGAGCAGCAGUGGAAAGCAGUGAGAAAACAACAGAUUUGAACCGCAGACAAUUUUUAGCCUGCAAUGAAAUAUACAAAACCAGCCACAACCAGAUUAUUAGCAAGAAAGAUAACUCUUUUAGGCACUAACCAACAGAUAAAGUCGAUAAACUCAGGAAAUCGUAACGUAAAAAUAAAAUGAAAGGAAUCAAACGAUUUGGCGCGCCGCCUGCUCACGAACAGCUUGCCAUGCCCAUCGCCUCUAAAACUUAAUGAACACCACCCCUCUCCCAUAAGUAGGUAUCCAUAUUGCUGGAAGCGCUUCUCUUUGUAAUCCUAUGUUUAAACUAUUUUAAAAUGUCUACACCAAAACUCUCGACCCUGGCAACCUGCAUAGUCACGCAUACUUUUUAUUUUUGUUAUUUCAUUUACCUUCAUGUUGCCUGUGAACAUAUCCCUUUAUAAAUCCAGUUUCUUGUUGUUUUAUAACCAAAGCUUGUUCUUCCUAUUUUAUAGUAGCCAUAAAUAAGUAAACAAAACUAUAAAUGUACAUGGUAUAUAUGAAUAUAUAUACACAUAUAUAUAUGAAUUGUAUACUAUAUUUGCUUCUAUUAUAAAUUGUAUGGAACUAAAUGUUUCGUGAACAAACCUAAACCACUAAUUUAAGCCUGUGCACAGAGUUUGGGUGCGCUAAUUCCGGGUCAUACAAUAUGUUUAACAUCAUAAAUCAACUAAAUCUCACAUCAAAUGCCAUAAAGCUAAAUGAGUCCAUUAUCAAUGUAUACGUGUAAACACAGUCCAUUACCAGAAUGCAAUAGUAGUUUCAACACAACCCAUGUUUCCUUUGCCCAUCAAUACACGCCAGCUGAGAGAUUAAAGUAAACAUUAAUUAACAUUUUAAUCAUUUCGAUGUAAGCUAAGAGUAAGAGUUUGUACGAGCAAGAUUGUAAUUAGGGUUAUGAUUAAAUAGUACCUUCAUAUUGUUAUUUUUUCGGUCUGCGAAAUUUACUUUCCUAUUUUAAUUUAAUUUAAGCUUUCUGAAGUUAAUCACAUCCUGUACGAACACAAUCGAUUUCUUUGGAAAACAAAUCUAAACUAAAUUUAUAGCUCUAUUCGCGUACGUAUAUUUAGGUUUUGAAACUAUUCCUGUAAUUGUAAAAUCUGUAAAUAAUCUGUGCAUUCUGUGCAUGCGAGUCAAACAAAAACCGAGAGACAAGUUUCGAAGGAUAGCGAACUUGAUAUUUGUUUGACUGUUCCAAGCUAAGUUUAAGCCGAAAGUUGUUCUUAAGACUAACCCCCCAAUACAACCUCCGAAGUGGGGCACUUCCUAAAGCCCACGACCUUAGUCCCUGAUCCAAACCAAAAACAACUUAAAAAACAACUGAGUUUAAGAUUCAAUUUAAACCGAAGAACACAAAAUCAACAAAAGACUUGAACAUGCGCAAAAACAUAUAAAAAAUAAUUUUAAAAAUAAAUCCUAUUUUGCUGGCAAAACACACUUUUGGUUCGAAAUUUCCAAGAUUUCCAGAACUAAAACGAUGCACCUUGUGCGAUUUAUGUUAGGCUCAAGUAAGCGAAGUAAGUGUCUCAGCCAUAAAGUUAGGGACGAAAGCAUUUGUAAUGUGUAUUAUUCGUGAAUGGAUUGGAUCAUGAGAGAUAUAUAGAAUGUCAAAGAGUUGGAGAACGAAAGGAGGAAUGAUUUACUUGGGUGUAAUGUUAAAAACAAAAGCGUUGAAAGUGUAAACAGAGUCUAACUUUUAGCUUUAAGCUGCGUUUUUACUGGCACUUUAAAUAAAAUUACAAAAAUAAAACCAACCGAAAAGAUUUGUAAAAGAA